AUGACACGAAAUUUAAGAAAUAGACGCGGUAGCGAUGCUGAAGAUACAAGCAACGCAAAGAUCGGCUAUGAAACUCAAAUUAAAGACGAAAACGGAAUAAUUCACACAACGUCUCGUUCUUUAAGAAAGAUAAACUAUGCGGAGAUUGAAAAAGUGUUUGAUUUUUUGGAAGAUGACCAGGCUAUGGACGACGAUCAGAACGAAGUCAAAGAUGAGGUUCCCGUUGAGAUUGCUAGUAACGAACAUCAUGAGAACAACCACAAUGACGAUGAAGAUGAUGACGAUGUAGUAUUACCACAUAAAAACAGUAGAUUAAACGAGGAAAUACCUAGUGAAAGAAAUUUGAGGAAAAGAAAAGCACAUGAUCCAGAGGAAGACGACGAAAGCUUUCAUGAGGAGGAUGUCGACGAUGAUGAAGAAGAAGAAGAGGCAGAUGGUCUUGAAGAUGAAUAUUUGGAUGAAGACUCACGAAAUGAUAGCCACCGGCGCAGAGCAGCCGAUAGAAAGUUUGUAGUGCCAGACCCUGAUGAGGAUGAUGAAUACGACGAGGGCGAUGAAGAAGGGGAUAGAAUAAGUCACUCCGCCUCCUCCAAACGCCUGAAGAGGGAGAGCUCUAGAAGAACCAGAUCAUCGCGUCAUCCGGAAACUCCGCCGCCGGUAAGAAGAGCAUUAAGAAGUAGAACAAGGAAUUCAGGCACGUCAAAUGAGGAAAACUAUGCUGAAAAUGAACACAUUAGAAACGAAGCGUUAACUUUGGCUGAUGAGAUUAGGGAAUUGCAGGAGGAUAGUCCAAUAAAGGAGAAAAGAUUUCUUCGUGAAAGAACCAAACCAGUGAACUACAAAUUACCACCGCCGCUAACCGCUACGAGUGCAGAAGAGUUCAUGGACAGGAACAAAAAUGCACUUUCUUUUCAUAACCCAUCGCCUGCUCGCCGUGGCCGCGGUGGCUGGAAUGCUAGUCAGAACUCUGGCCCAACAAGGAGGCUUUUCCCCACGGGUGGUCCGUUUGGUGGUAAUGACGUGACCACGAUUUUUGGUAAAAAUACCAACUUUUACAACCAAGUUCCAUCCGCAUUCAAUAAUAAUAACAACAAUAAAUUGAUAUUAGAUUCCGAUUCUUCUGAUGAUGAAAUAUUACCUCUUGGUGCUACACCGAAAAUGAAGAAGGAGAAUGCUGCAAAAAAGAGGAAGAAAAAGCCAGAAAUUGCCGAUCUUGACCCAUUGGGCGUUGAUAUGAAUAUAAAUUUUGAUGACAUAGGUGGUCUGGACAAUUAUAUAGAUCAAUUGAAGGAAAUGGUCGCUUUACCACUAUUAUACCCAGAGCUAUAUCAAAAUUUCAACAUCACACCACCACGAGGUGUUCUUUUCCAUGGUCCGCCAGGUACUGGUAAAACGCUAAUGGCAAGAGCAUUAGCAGCAAGUUGCUCCUCUGAUGAAAGAAAGAUCACAUUUUUUAUGCGUAAGGGUGCAGAUAUUUUAUCGAAGUGGGUUGGGGAAGCUGAAAGACAACUUCGUUUAUUAUUCGAAGAGGCUAAAAAGCAUCAACCUUCCGUCAUUUUUUUCGAUGAAAUUGACGGGUUAGCGCCUGUAAGAAGCUCCAAACAAGAACAAAUUCAUGCCAGUAUUGUAUCCACAUUAUUGGCAUUAAUGGAUGGUAUGGACAACAGAGGUCAAGUCAUUGUCAUCGGUGCCACAAAUCGGCCUGAUGCAGUGGAUCCUGCUCUAAGAAGACCGGGUAGGUUUGAUAGAGAAUUUUAUUUUCCCUUACCUGACGUUAAAGCACGUUCUAAGAUUCUACAAAUUCAGACCAAGAAAUGGAGUUCACCAUUGUCAGUUAACUUUGUCGAUAAAUUAGCUAUUUUGACUAAGGGCUAUGGUGGUGCAGAUUUGCGGUCUUUAUGCACCGAGGCUGCACUUAUAAGUAUACAAAGAAACUUUCCUCAAAUUUAUAGAUCGAAUGAUAAACUCCUAGUAGACCCCUCCAAGAUCAAAGUCAAAGUAAGCGAUUUCAUGUUAGCUUUGAAAAAGAUUGUUCCCUCAUCCGCAAGAUCCACUGGCAAUUCUCCUCAGCCGUUACCUGAAUUGAUUAAACCACUAUUAUUGAAUGAAGUAAAGACUCUGAAAAAAAAGCUGUAUUAUAUGCUGAAAAUGGACGAUACAGAUUUCCAGGCAACUACAUCAUCACUACAAGAUUUUAUUGAUUACGAAGAGUACAGCGGAGAGGAUGAAGAGGAAGACAAGUAUGAAGAGAAUAAAGGUCUAUCCAAAUUCAAGUCAUACGAAUUUUUUGAGUCAAUGGCAGAAUCACAAAUAUGUAAACCUCGGCUAUUAGUAAAUGGACCGAAGGGAAACGGUCAACAGUAUGUUGGAGCCGCGAUUUUGAACUAUUUAGAAGACUUCAACAUCCAAAAUCUAGACCUUGCUUCUCUAGUUUCGGAAAGUUCAAGGACUAUUGAAGCUGCUGUGGUACAGAGUUUUAUGGAGGCGAAGAAAAGACAACCUUCAGUUGUAUUUAUUCCUAAUUUAGACAUUUGGAUCAAUACCAUCCCAGAAAACGUUAUUUUGAUCCUAUCAGGCUUAUUUAGGUCCUUGCAAAGUAACGAAAAAGUUCUUUUAUUAUGUUUGGCGGAGAAUCUGGAUAUAUCUGAAGUUGAGAACGGUAUUUUAUCGGAUUUUGAUUUUGGUAAAAAUUUCUUUCAACUGAAUAAACCAUCCAUUGAGAACAUAAAAGAAUACUUCUCCAACUUAAUUGAAUUAUUAAGGACAAAACCAAGCAAUAUCCCCACGAAAAGGAAAAGAUCCAAGCCCUUACCUGAAUUACCAAAAGUCGUUUCGAGUUCGACACCAACCAAUUUUGAUGAAAACGGUGAACCAUUGUCGAAGGAAGAGUUGCUGAGAAGGAAAUUGAAGUCGUUUCAACAUCAAGAUAUGAGGUUGAAAAAUGUACUAAAAAUCAAACUUUCGGGCUUGAUGGAUCUUUUCAAAAACAGGUACAAAAGAUUUAGAAAGCCACCGAUUGACGAUGCCUUUUUGGUCCAUCUUUUUGAACCAGAGACGAACAAUGACCCCAAUUGGCAACCUGCCUAUACGAAGGACAAGGAUAUGAUUUUAGAGGUUUCCACGGGCCGAAGAUUUUUUAACAUGGACUUGGAUAUUGUGGAAGAAAGACUUUGGAACGGCUAUUAUUCAGAACCAAAGCAGUUUUUGAAAGACAUCGAACUAAUAUACCGAGAUGCGAAUAGCAUCGGUGAUAGAGAACGUGUUAUAAAAGCCUCUGAAAUGUUUGCCAAUGCUCAAAUGGGUAUCGAAGAAAUUUCGACUCCAGAUUUUAUCCAAGAAUGUAAAGCUACUCGUCAAAGGGAUUUAGAAAGGCAAGAGCUUUUCCUACAGGAUGAAGAAAGAGGAGUUACAGUUGACUCAGAGAAUCAACAGGAAGGGCAACAAAACAUACCUCUGCAAUCUGGAUCAGAGGCUAAUCAACUUAAUGAAUUUGGGGUGGCUGCUGGUAACCAACUGCAGGCUCAACUGCAGGUCACUACUAAUGCAACUACUGUUGUUAAUAGUGGAGAAGUUCCAGCACCAAUUGAUACCAACAUAUAUAAAACGCAGGAAACAACUCCAGUUCAUUCUACAAUAGAUAGGGCAGAAUCUCUCACACCGAAGGAUAGUGGCGCUCUCGAAGAAUGUCCGACAGAACCAAUUCAGUCUUCUUACAUAUCCAAUGUAUAUACCAAUGGUGAUGAACAAAGCGGAAAACGGCCAGAAGAAAGCGGAUUUCCCUUGAAAUCCCUCGUUAAAAACAACAUAAGUGAAAAGAAACCUGGGACGUAUGACACAAAACAAGUGGCGAAAAUUUUAUCCACUAACGAUAGUAUACUUGGAGUUCAGUCGGUUGCUACGGGAGAAGAAGCAAGUCAACGAGAUGGUAUGUCAAAAGAGGUUGUGAAGCUACCGCAUAAGGAGAAAGACAACAGGGAUGUUAUUUUAACUUCCGAGCAAAUCAAAAAAAUAUAUGCAUGUUUAGUUGAACACUGCGUCAACUUCACAGUCUCCCAGUUAGAAGAUGUUUAUUCUACUGUAGCAAGAAUAAUAUGGAAAAAUAAAUCUGCAUGGGACAAAACAAAGACUGUUGAUGAGAUAAUGAAAUUCUUAUCAGAGUAA